AAUCACCCCAAUCCACGCCUGCAAAUUCUUCUGGAAGGAUUUUUUCCCCCUCUCUCCAGGUUGGGCGCGUUCGGUGCAAGAUUCUCGGGAUCCUUGGCUCCCUCUCCCUCCCCCCUCCUCUCCUUUUUCCUUUCCUUUCUUUCUUCCUUUCCUCCCCCCAUCCCCCGUCCCCACCCCCACCCCAAACAAACGAGUCCCCAAUUCUCCACCGUCCUCGCCGCGGGCUGCGGGCGGCGGAGUCAGCGCGCUGCGGUCGCCGGGAGCUGGGAGCCCUGGGCGCCAGCUCCUCGGCGCAGCAUGUUCCAGCCGGCGCCCAAGCGCUGCUUCACCAUCGAGUCGCUGGUGGCCAAGGACAGUCCCCUGCCCUCUUCUCGCUCAGAAGACCCCAUCCGUCCUGCCGCGCUCAGCUACGCCAACUCCAGCCCCAUAAAUCCGUUUCUCAACGGCUUUCACUCGGCUGCGGCGGCCGCUGCCGGUAGGGGAGUCUAUUCCAACCCGGACUUGGUCUUCGCCGAAGCGGUCUCGCACCCGCCCAACCCCGCUGUGCCAGUGCACCCGGUGCCACCACCGCACGCCCUGGCCGCCCACCCCCUGCCCUCCUCGCACUCGCCACACCCCCUCUUCGCCUCGCAGCAGCGGGACCCGUCCACCUUUUACCCCUGGCUCAUCCACCGCUACCGAUAUCUGGGUCAUCGCUUCCAAGGAAACGACACAAGCCCUGAGAGUUUUCUUUUGCACAAUGCGCUGGCCAGAAAGCCGAAGCGGAUCCGAACCGCCUUCUCCCCGUCCCAGCUUCUAAGGCUGGAACACGCCUUCGAGAAGAAUCACUACGUGGUGGGCGCGGAAAGGAAGCAGCUGGCACACAGCCUCAGCCUCACGGAAACUCAGGUAAAAGUAUGGUUUCAGAAUCGGAGAACGAAGUUCAAAAGGCAGAAGUUGGAGGAAGAAGGCUCAGAUUCGCAACAAAAGAAAAAAGGGACGCACCAUAUUAACCGGUGGAGAAUCGCCACCAAGCAGGCGAGUCCGGAGGAAAUAGACGUGACCUCAGAUGAUUAAAAACACAAACCUAACCCCACAGACACGGACAACACGAAGCAAAACAGAGACGGGGAGAGGAGGAGGAGGAGGAGAAGAAACCUACAAAACAAAAACAAACCACACACACAUUCACCGAGAAAGGGAGAGGGAAUCGAGGGAGCGGCAUUGCAGAGCGAAGACUUUUGGGCACAGGGUCCCGAUCUGAGGCAGCACGGAGGUGGCAGAAAACCGAGGCUCCUUCAUCAACAUGCAACCCUCAUCUAAAGAGGCAGCUGAGUGAGUGAGUGAGAGAGACAGAGAGAAGGAGAGAGGGAGGCAACGGGGGGAGGGAGGGAGAGAGAGACAGAACAUCCGAAUGUGGCAAAGCUGAAAGUGCGCUCUGACAAGCGGAGCUGUCAGUCAAAUACUGAACCAGCCAGACAAGAUGAUUGGCAGGUAUUUCGUUUAUCACAGUCCACUUAAAAAAUGAUAGUAAUAAUGAUAAAAAAGCAAACCACCCAACCAGGCACAGUACUAUUUAUUUUGCACUUCACAGUGUUUUUCCCCCAAUCUUUAAAAAUAAUGAGUAAUAACAAAUGAAAAUUCCAUAUCUAGCCCCAUCCCACACCUGUUUCGAAAUCUUGAAUUGCAUGUAGCAGUUUUUGGGCAAAUGGUGUCUAAAGACCAAAAAUGAAUUGUAAUUUUCUUUUCCUUUUAAAGACAGGUUCUGUGUGCUUUUCAUUUUGAUUUAUUUUCUGAGAAAUGUGCAGUCUGUAAACACUUUUUGAUACCUUCUGAUGUCAAAGUGAUUGUGAGAGCUAACUGAAGUAGGCUCAAGGAUAGUGGUCCUCUUACAGAGAAACGGGGAGCAGGACGGGGGGCUGGGGGUGGUGGGGGAGGGUGCCCACAAGAAGAGACAGGACUUACACCGAAAAAAAUUGCUAAAUUAAUUAAAUUUCUUGGACAUUCCCUUUCCUAACAUCCUGAGGCUUUAAACCAUGAAGUAAACUUCUCAUUUUAGCGGUUGGAGAAUUGGCUGAGUUCAACCAUUCACAGUAAUGGACAUUCCAAACUUUAAAUCUAGCUGUUGCAAAAACUGAAGGAUUGUAGUUAUCGGGGAUGAUGUUAAGUGUGGCCAAGCACACGGCAGCAAGUUUUGAAGCACUGAGUUUCUAUUCCAAGAUCAUAGACUUACUAAAGAGAGUGACAAAUGCUUCCUUCAUGUCUUCUAUACCAGAAUGUAAAUAUUUUUGUGUUUUGUGUUAAUUUGUUAGAAUUCUAACACACUAUAUACUUCCAAGAAGUAUGUCAAUGUCAAUAUUUUGUCAAUAAAGAUUUAUCAAUAUGCCCUCAGAGUA